GUUUUUUUACAGUACUGAUUCCCUAGACUAGUUCUCGGUAUUUAAACGUCAUCCAUCCAUCGGCCGACCCUUGUUCAGUUUGUAACAAGAGCAUACCAACUGACGACACCUGCCAUGGCUUCUCCAGAUCAACUGGCUCAAGGAUCAUGCUUCAACUGCCGUCGUCAGAAGCAGCGAUGCGAUAGGCUCCUCCCGCAAUGCUCCCGCUGCGCAUCAAAGCGAGUUACUUGUGAUUACAAAGCAACACCCCGCUCCCAGCCAAGCAUAUUUUCACCCGGGACCCAGGUAGAGCCUAUGGAGCUGGUACAUCUCAGAGACUCGUGCAGUUUUGACUUGUCCCCACUGGCUGAACGCUACUUGGUUUGGGCAGCUUGUGCGAGUGACAGUGAUAGAGACGAUGAGAGCAGUCAUGGCCAACCCACGCUGUCCAGUCUUAUCCAGGAUAUCUUCACUGCAGGGGGCGUUGACCUGCGCACCACGAUUGAGACAUACUUUUCCAUUGCGCACAAUUGGCUUCCAAUACUGGAUAAGGAGCAGCUCUAUUUUGAUACAAGUCACCUUCUCGGAUGUCCUGACCAUCAGAAUGAUGUUCAUGCGCUGUUAUUGCUUUGCAUCUAUAUCUUCAUACAGCCGCCGUGCCAGCACCCAAACCAUUCCGUCAAAACUGCUUUGUACCGCAAUGCUAAGCGCAUGUUCUUUAUCCUUCAGCUAUCUUCUCACGGAUCAGAUAUUGGCCUACUUCAAUCUGGUCUUUUGCUCGUUACAUACGGACUUGGUCAUGGAUUGAGCAAGGAUGCUUAUGGAACUCUCAGUGUGUGCACGAGUCUCGCACAGCAGCUCAGUCCGGCCGAGAGUAAGCUGGAUGAGUGUAGCCAAGACAAGGGGCCAAGACCCGAGAUAACGAAACUUGAUCUGUGCUGGAGCGGGAUCAUACUGCUUGAUAGUACCAUCACACUAUCCCACUUCGAACCCCGCAUACCACAGUUCGUUGGCCUCAACCGUCGAUUUGUAGGUCUCGCAAUUGGAGAGGCGGAGGAGGAGGACCUUUACGGCGAUGACUUAUCUCGCAAGUUUUUAGCACGAGCACAAGUCGCUUUACGCAUAGGUAAAAUCCUUGAUGCCGUGGUCAGUUCAGACCCAAUGCAAAGAGAAGAAGCCGAAACAGAUCUUCACAAGCUAGUGAGCUCUCUUAUAUCCAGAACGCAGGGCAAGUCAUUUCCACUUUGCGAGACUGUAGCCAUGGCUCUCAGCGCUUUGGCCAUUUUGUACUCUCUGCAGAAUCCCCAGAUAUCCGCUCAUAGCAGUCCUGAAACACGAUCUGCUGUUCAAUGCGUACACAAUAUGAUAUUCGACACGUUUCACACUGAGGGCGAGAUUCUCCGCAGCAGAGGCUGGAGUAAUACCAGCCGGCCCUGCUUUCUUGGCAUAUGCUGUCUGCAGGGCGCUGCCAUUCGGGUGGAUAAACUAUAUGUAGAUGGUCUUACGAGUGAGCACUUAGAGGAACUUCGAUGUACUCUUGAAGCGUUUAGCACUCGUUGGAAGCUUGGAGAGUCUUUUACCCAGGCCCUGAACAACAGGAGAGACAGUGUAAAGUGAUACUAAGAAUUACUUACUUACGUUAGAUAUAUAAAAGGCCAUUCAUUUACAUAGUAUCUCGCUAAAAGCAAACUUACUGCC